AAGGAAUGGAUCAAGUGUGAAACUGAUCAAGUCCAAUAGGACAGGAAAGUUUAGAGGGAUUUUCGAGUGUUUAGUUUGUACUCCCUCAGGACCUGACUGUUUAUAUUGGACCAUUUGAUCGACAUUCUGAAAUUCUUACAAAUAUGUCAAGCAUGGUUUAACAUUGGAAGUCAGGCGAUCGAUAGAUUGAGCGAACGUUCAAGAGUCGAUGUCACUAGAAACACACAAUAAUUUAUGAUCAAUAGUUUGAUUAUUAGCUUAUGCAGAUCGCUCAACACUCUUCGAUCAAUAUUUGUACAGUGAGAAAUUCUUAAAACUUCUACAGAAUAUCCUUUAUGAAUGUAAUGAUUUAUGAUCACACAAGAUAAUGUCGUUUGUAGAGAAUAUAAGGAUUCUUUCUUCCCAAGCAGCACAUGUACUGUAUCAAGAUGUCUUGCUGCUUUCAAGAACAAAGUUCUGUUAAGGUGGCUGAAAACAAUUACCAAAGUAUAACGUAUAACUGCGAUGGAGACAGAUUCAGAAAAUGAGUUAUUUGAUUUGCUUGGUAAAUUCCAGUCAGAUCGUCUUGAUGAACAGCGCUGUAACCCCCCUCAAGUGGUCAUAAGUAAUACAAGUGAUAAUAGUGAAGACAACACAGAUAGUUCUACUAUGCCAGCGAAUUAUGGAAUGAGGAAAGCUGAUAGUAUUGACCUUGAACCAGUGAAACAGGUCCUAGCAUCAGGUGGUCCAUAUCCCCUGGUAGUGUUACCAGUCAGUGGUGAAUAUUGGUUGGAAGGAAGUAAUCACCAGUGUACUGUCAAUAAUGGCUCGCACAUGCUCAUUCCUCAUUUUGAUACCCAAAAGUGUUUUAUAGAAAUUGACCAAGCUGUUGAGUAUUAUAGGAAUUUUUUUCUAGGAAAGGAACACUUCAACUUUAUGUGCGAAGAUGAUAGACUAGGACCAGUAAUUAUAUCCAUCAAGCAGGAGAUGAACAAACCUUCAGAUACAGACACACAAGGUUUUGUUAGGGUGAUUUUAAGAACAAGCGAGAAAACAACAGUUGACUUGCUUCCUCUAGAAAACCUGUCUGAUAAUCCAUCUCCAAGACAGAUUGUCAAGUAUUUGUUGGGUGAAGAAGCAGAAAACCUUGAUCAAUUCCAAGCAAUAGCACAUCCUAAGGCUUCAGAGAUGAUCGUGAAAUAUGACGAACACAGUUUAUCGCCAGCAUCCAAGUUCGGAGCAAUUUACCAACAGUUUGGUCAGAUCACGGAAGAACAAUACCUCAACAACAAGACACACAGUACUGCAAUGGAUGAAUUUCUUGAUUUACUAGGGGCUAGAAUAUGUCUAAAAGAUUUUAAGGGGUUUCACGGGGGACUUGACGUCAAACACGGUCAAACAGGAGAGACUUCGGUGCACACAGUGUUUAAUGGAAAAGAAAUCAUGUUUCAUGUAUCGACGUUACUUCCAUUCAGUAAUGGCGAUUCUCAACAGGUUCAAAGAAAACGUCACAUUGGUAACGAUAUCGUCUCUAUUGUUUUCCAAGAUGAAAACACUCCCUUCUCGCCAAUGUCCAUUCGUUCUCAUUUCCUUCAUGUUUUCAUCGUGGUGCAAGUCGAAGAGCCAAAUACUCCGAACACAAGAUACAAGGUAUCAGUUACAGCAAGAGAAGAUGUCCCACCUUUUGGACCUAAGUUACCCAAUCCUGCAGUAUUCAAAAAGGGUCCUGAAUUCCGCAAGUUUCUUCUUACUAAACUCAUCAAUGCAGAACAGGCAGCCCUUAAAAGUGCAGAAUUUUCUAAAUUGGCCGAUCGCACACGUACUUCACUGCUCAAGAUUUUGUUUGACGAAUUGAUGGAAAAGAAUGCACUGAUGUUUGACAUGGGGAAUACGAAUGAUGCUACUAGUGGUACCCAGAAAGGCAAAUUAUUCACGUCAAUUCGUAAAGCCAUUCGUGGUCGUUCAAGUCCCGUGUCAAGGUCGUUAUCAAUGAAAGAGACGACGUCUUCAACAGAUGAUAUAGAUGUAUCACUUGACGAUAGGAAGAAAGAACGAAGAAAAUCCUCACAGUCGUUCCUUUCCAAAAAGAAAAGUCCUAAAGUCGGGAAAAGGGAAGACCCAAGAAGUAAAAGCAUGGAAUCUUUGGAAUAUAACCGAAUACAACAGCAAACAGCCAAAGGAACGCAAGGAACGUCUUCAACGUUCUUCAUAACAAGCAGUCCCAAGCCCUCCCGGUCUUUUCUGGGUCCUCAGAGCAGCUCGUCAUCAGAGAGCACAGAUAAUAGUUUUAAAAGAUCCUUUUCAACGACAAAAUCUAUAGACAAUAAGGAUAAUCAAAGCUUUGGCUUUCAUCGAGUACAAUCUUCACCAGUUUUAGAUGGAACGUCUCUCUCUAUCGACGAUUCUCCCGGUAGCACGAUUGAUUCCCGACAGGUUUACGCUAGCUCUCCGAAAACUGAAAACAGACCACUGACAGUCGCUGGAAUCCCUGCUUCAGAUUAUGGUGUUCGAUAUAUUGGUGGAUAUUCAAGUAGUUCAGAUACCUCUACCACAACAGAACCCGUAUUAAGUCCUGUAAAAAUUAUAGAUUACGAUAAAUCGCCGAAUUCUUCACGAAGAUCUUCCGAACCACUUGAAGUCAUUCGGCCUCAACAUCAAUAUGGUCAGAGGUACGGAGUUGCGGAUGGUGACAGAAGAGCUGGAGAUUACACAGGAGAAUUUGAAGAGGAAUUAAUGUACUUACCUCGACAGUUACAGCAAGUAACACAACAGAUACAUCGACAACAGCUCUCUUCCGAUUCAAAUCCAAAUGCUCCCGAACACAAUACCGCUUUUCUUCUAAGCUAUCGGCGUUCUCGUGAAGAACUCGACCGCAAUUCGCCCAGUAAUCGGUCACCAGUCGAAUCUAGGAGAAUUUCAGAUCCUCUACUUAAUUGUCGUACUUCUCCAAGUAAUAAUCCCUCCAAGAAGACGGCAGUUGUGUUACCUCUGUUAGAUAUGAAACACUCACCCGAUCCAACAAGACCAAGAUCUGUUCCUCCUGACCUUAGAUUUGACCCUACAGAUCCAGAGUCCGAGGGAUUGCAACAGGUACUAGAGCAAAAUUCUUCAGUGUCCAGUAGUAGAGAAAAUGUGAACCAGCGAUCUUUGAAUGCGAAAGAACAAGAGUGUGAAAACCUUCUCAAACAAGUGGAAUCACUGACAAAUGAAAAUAUGCGAUUGAAAUGUGAAAAGGUGGAUCUGGAUAGACAAAUAGUGCUUUUACAGCGAGAUAGCAAAGCAGCUCAAGAUCUCAACCUUCAUCAAACGGUAGAGCUGUAUGAAGCGCGUGUUGAGAUUGCACGGUUACGGUCCUUACUACCAAGCGAAAAUGUCCGACCUGAAAAACUACCAGAAAGACAAAAAAGUCGACAUACUCGUCUCUAACUUGGUAUUCAAUUUCUACGGCAUAUUUAAGGCUUUUUUGUCGGCCUUCAAGUAAUGUGUCGGUAUUAUCUUGUAGAACGGUACUGUUGGUCACUUGGGAAACCAGUUGCGCAUACAUGGAAAAUCUGCGCACCAAAAAUGGACAAACGAUGGUUCUGAUUCAACGACUAUUGUUCUAAUCUUCGUUUCUUCUCUCAACACAGUUUCUAUAUACGACGGAUAUAUUUUUUUUUACAAAGUAUACACUCAAAGUAUGAACAAGAGUUGAACUCUAACAUGGUACUCUUAGAAUACUAUAGUGCGCAUGCAAGCUGGAAAAUUAUCAUCCGCUGCAACAAAAAAUCCUCCUAUUUCUCAAUUUAGUUAGGAAUUUUAUUCUAUAUUAUGGCAAUAAUACAAGUCUUUAAAUCCCAGUUUAUCAUUGUUAUAAAAUGUUUUUCAUUGUUCAUCUUGUUGGUUAGAGCAUUAUAGUUAUGACACAUUUCGUGCGAGUUAAAUUUUUACUCAUCUCUAUCAUGUUCAACUUUUCUUUGUGCUCACCCACGUUUUAGUACGACAAGGCAGAGGUGAGAUUGAGAUAUGAAGGUACUACCUUCAUCUAACAUGGUCUUGAGUACAUUGCUUAAACCUUCAUUCUAUAAGACAAGCUUUUUGCGUGGAAUCCAUGCAUGCCAAUCUAUUCAUAACUCAAUCCAUGAUAUCUUAUAUCUGUUGUCUAGUCGAUAACUUCUCAUUUGUGAUGGCUGCUUCUUGUACAGGUGAUAAUGCAACAAUAAAACCAAGAUUAUAACAAA